AUGGAUGCACUACAGCGCAAAGAAUACCCAGGUCUGCUGGAUGCACUGCCGCCGCAGCAGGCCGUUGACGUCCUUAAUGGGCGCAUGAAGCAUGUCAGCCAGCUCAAUGCGCACAUCGCCGACUGGUUACAGGAACGGCGCCGUGUAGAGGAAGCCUACGUACAGGGCUUACGGAAGCUCGCGAACAAGCGUCCGCCAGACGAAUCGUCCGAUCUCGGCGUCUUUUCGACGCCAUGGCAGAAGAUUGUAAGCGCAACCGAGGCUGUCGCCGAGUCACACCACACGCUCGCCCAGAAGAUUGAAGUCGAUGUCGAGCGGCCACUGCGAGAAUUCUCCGCGACGAAUCGCGAAGUGCAGGGCAUGUCCACCAUCUCCGGCAACCUGGCGUCCAUGGCCCGCGAAAUCGAUACUGCGAAGAAGAAGGCAGAGAAGCUUAGGGAGAAGGGCACAAAAGCGAAGGCAUCUGCUGUGGCUGGUGCGGUUGCCGACGUCGAGAAUGCUACCCUGCAAUGGGAAUCGCAAGCUCCAUAUGUGUUCGAGAAGCUGCAGGCGGUGGACGAAAGCAGGCUCAACCACCUUCGCGACGCGCUCACACAGUUCCAAACCCACGAAGUGGACCAAGUUGAAAGGAACCGUAUCAGUGCGGAAGAAACCUUGAAUGUGCUACUCAACAUCGAGACCGCUGAUGAGAUCCAAACAUGGGCAUUGAGGGCGCGCAGUGGCGAGAAGCCACCACCGGCCAGUCGCAAAGGCAGCAGCGUAGGAACGCCGUCAAGGAGCCUGGCCCCUCCUCCCAUGCCACCACCUCCCACAAUACAAGCGGAUGACAACCGCAGUCAGAAGAGCGGGUCUGAAGAAAAGGGAAAACACAGUUCAAACCCCCUGAAGCGCUUUGGAACCGUAUUGAAUCGUCGUCGGCAGAGUAUGCAUCCAUAUGGCCGACAAGCCUCACCAGAAAGAAAAUCAAACUCUAAUCUGGGCUCUGGUUUUCCCGGAUUUGGUAAGAUCAAAUCGAAAGACCGUGAUACAGCAGGCUCCUCUAUAGAUCGUCCUGGUUCGUCUGCCACUGCUACGACCCCGCGCCCAUCAGACGUAUCGGGUUCGCCAAAGCAUACUCGCAAAUCUAGUGCCGACCGACCGAAUGGGACAAGCCCUGAGCCUUUCGAAGAAAGGGCUGCCAGCCCUAUCCCAGCACCGGCAGCUGUCAAUGGAACUACCCAUGACACGAUACCCGAACUCGUUGAACCUUUGUCACCUCCUGUGCAGGAAGAGGCUCAACCUGAGCCCGAGAAAGAUGCCGAAGGGUUCUCGGUACCGCCAUCCGCUAUUGAUGCGAUUACGCAAGCUGAACAUGAGGCAAGAGAAGCAGGAUCGAGCGCUACCGAACUAAACCCACCUCCGCAGUUCAAGCUUGACAUCAAGAAUGCACCCAUUCAAGAAGAAGAAGGCGAUGUGAAUGCAGCCAUGGCUGUUAUGGCUAAUACACUACGAGCGCAAGCUGCACCGGCCAGACGCUCAGGAACUCUACGAGGACGACGAGACGUCCGCAAUACCAUCUUUGUACCCAACCCUGCGACACCUGAUCUUACAAGCAUAGGGGAGGUUCCGCCAAUCCCAUCUGCCAGCUCUGAAAACACAACCUUCUCACCUCCUGCACUCCCACCUCAGCCCGCAUCUCCUGUCUUCAAGCUACCCCACCGUACUUUGGCGUCCGAUGAUCACCCUGCGUCAGAUACGCAAUCCAUACGCUCUGGGCGAUCUCUGAGCAGCUCUACGAGUACGACGAUGAAGCACCCAGAUAUGCAUGAGCCAGGCUUGAACGCAUCUUUGGUAGAAACCGUCAGCGCGUGGUUUGAGCAAGGACACGUUACCAAAUCAUUAGUUAUAGGACAGGUUGCGCUCGCUUUCAACCCCGUCGACAUCACGUCCGGUCCGUUCGGUACUGAAAACAUUCGAUUGGAGAACUUCCCUGUCCUGGAGAAAGUUGCACCCAAUCCUGCAUUCGUUGAACAAGUGAUAGACACUCCAGGAGAAUAUACAGUGGAUCUAUCCAGGAUUACCAAAACCUCGGUAGCGUUCCACUACCAGGUACAUCUCGAAAGCGAGAAUCUCGCGUCGUUCGCUCCGAUACUACUUUCGCCUGUAUGGAAGACGGAAUCCACUCAGAUCUCGGUGCUUCUCAACUACGGACUGAACCCCAAGUUUAAUAUUGGCGAUCAGAACAGCGUGACACUGCAAAAUCUGGUUCUGGUUUUAAGACUCGAGCCCGGCUCUAAGGCCACUGCUUGCCAGUCGAAGCCAGCAGGCACCUUCUCACGCGAGAAAGGCCUGAUCUACUGGCGUCUAGGAGAGGUUACCUUUUCCCGCGAUCAGCCUUCGCAAAGCAUGCGCGUGCGAUUCUUCACCGAGGGAGAAGCGAAGCCAGGAAAUAGUGAGGCGCGCUGGGAGAUCACAGGUGCACAUUCGCUCACACUUGGGAGCGGUCUGGCGGUCAGCCAGGUCGUCCCUGGUGAGAGCAAGCCGGAGGAGAAAGAAGCCGACCCGUUCGCCGAUGCGGAGGAGAACGUGCCGCCGCCGGCCAGUCCCGCGCCGACUUCCAAGCCUGUUUUCAGUGUGAAGCGGAUUUCGAGCGGCACGUAUCUUGGCGUGUAA